ACAAUGAGCUAGACUUGAGAGUGAAAGGUGCAUGAAGAUUUGAUAAGUUCAAUAGUUGACAAAUCGCUGAAUGAGAAGGAUACAAACAGGGAAGCAAGACACCCAUGACUAUGAUGAAGCCACGUGCCUAUAACUUAAGAUUGAUGACAGAAAAUAAAUUCUUGUGUUAUAACCUUAAACAUUAUGUAAACUGAUACAAAUAUGGCUUCAACUCAAGUGUUUAUUACUACUGUGGUGUUUUUCUUGGGACUCCUAUCAGGUUCGUACGGAGCGACAUUAAUGGUCACCAACAAGUGCAGCUACACAGUUUGGCCUGCCAUUUUAUCUGCUGCCAGAAGCUUGCCGGUCCACACCCCGGGCUUGGUUCUCCAACCAGGGGACACCAACACCAUCCAAGUGCCUCCAACCUGGUCCGGCAGACUCUGGGGCCGGACCCUCUGCUCCUACAACAUCACCGGAAGUUUCACGUGCGUCACUGGUGAUUGCAUCUCCUCCACUGUAGAAUGUGGCGGCGCCACCGCACCAGUCACUCUGGCAGAGUUCACUCUAAAUGGCACUGGCGGGCUGGAUUACUUCGACGUGAGCCUCGUGGACGGUUUCAACCUCCCCCUGGUGGUGGAACCGCGGAGCGCAAUAGGAGCCGAAAACUGUAGGGCGACUGGUUGCCGGAGGAACUUGAACAAAAAGUGUCCGGUGGAGCUGCAGGUGAUAAAAGAGGGCGAGAGCGUUGUGGGUUGCAAAAGCUCGUGCGAGGUUCAUGAGCCAUGCAGCAAUAAUUCCAACUUGUUUUCACACUUUUUAAAAACUAGAUGCCCUGAUGCUUAUCACAAUGCCUCUUUCACUUGUGUCUCUGCCGAUUUUACCAUUACUUUCUGCCCCGCUUUCUCCAAGAGAAAAUUUCCAGCUGGGGUGGUGGAACGCUCAUCCCACUACGUCCUCUUGCUCCUGAUGAAGAUACUCAUACCUAUUGUGUUCUCAGUUUCUAUUUUAAGUUGUUGCGCAUGCAACAUAUGGUAUCGCUCACCAAAUAGAGAAUGCAGAAUCAACAUGUUCUUCGGAAGAGCUAAAGCUAAAACCCACGAUCCCCAACAAAAUACUGCCAAUAGUAUUGUUGAGAUGGUUGAUGGGCAUUAGAGUAUGGCCAAGGUUUUCUUAUUGCCCUUACUUUUCCUGAAUUAGUUUUUGGUUUUACUUGUUGCCUGAAUUAGUUUCUUGUUGCCCAUCUAUAUUUCUCUCCCACAUAUUUCUUGUUGCCCAUAUAUUCAUGGUCCAUUUACGUGUAUUUUUUAUUUUUUAUUUGUUAUAUUUUAUAUUGCUUUUACUUUCAAUUGAGAAACUCAGAAUGUACCUUUGAAGCAAACAUACAUUUACAAGUAUCUAUUAUUCUUUUUUUUUU